CCAGCGCGCGCGCUCCAAGUCGGCUUCGGCUUCGUGCUGUUGCCAGCGCUCGGCGUAGGCGGCAUCCAGGCGCUCACGCUCAAGACGUACAGCUUCCGUGAUACUCUGGGUCAGCCCCUGAGUUUCAGUAGAACUCUGGGUCUGGCGAGCCUCGACGUCCUGCGCACGCCGUUCCGCUUCUCCUCGGGCGAUCACAGCGUGGACCAAGCGAUCCGUAAGUUCCUGGAUCUGGCGACGCGCGUCCAGGUCACGUUGUUCCCUGAGGCGCUCGCGCUCCAAGGCAUCCAGGCGUUCUCUGGCGAGAAACUCGCGUUGCUCCUGUUCCAUGGGGGCCUGCCACUUCUGCUGUUAUCGCAAGACGUUCAGCUCGAUUUGGGCGGGCCCAGACCUCGCGGACACGGACGAAACUGA